UCACAGUGCGCUUACCGAGUACAGCGCCAGUAUAUAGAGACAACCUGUUCUCUCAGCUUGUAUGAGAAUGUGUCUUUGCAUGUUACAAAGACUUCUUUAUGUUAUGUUUUCGUUUUAAUAGCGUCGCCAUGGUAAUAUGGUCAUGUAAUCUUCGUUGAGUGUAAUGGUUUGCCCACUAUCAGUCAUAUUGAGUUUCUGUGUACAGGUAGGCAGCACACUUGCCUCGCCACCAGACCAAGCCGACAUUACUCUGUGAUGGAACUGUUAGUAGUCUGCCACUGUGUGUAUCGUGUUGACGGGAUCUAACCUGUGAUAAAGAUACCGGACAGAGAGGGCAAACCAUUGAUCUGGCUUGGGGAUACACAUGGCGACCAUUCAUAAGUAUGGUAAAAAAUUACUGGGACUUAUUUGGGACGUCGGUCAACUAACUGAUGAGAACCUGUGAUAAUGAGUUCCAUGAUAGAUGAUAAUGAAAACCCAUCGGGAGGAAAUGAUUCUAAAGACAACACAACAAAAGAGGAAAUGGAGGCGACUGCUGUUAGUAACGAUGAGUUUGUCGAACAACACAGAGAAGUUCCGAACGUGCAUCAACAAAUCAACGAGAGUUUUUCGGAACAAAGUUAUCAGCAGUUGCAAGCAAAGCAAACAGUUAACGAAACAAAGAAUAAUGAUACACUGGUAUCGUCUGAUCUACCUGAUGGUUCUACGGAUACAAUUGACCAACACAAGAACAGCGGUGACCAAAGUGAAAAGGACCAAGACAUUCAAGAAAAUAAUACCGAUUAUAAGAAUUUACAAAUCAUGCAACAAUCGGAAUCUACGUAUUUCGGAUCACCUAAAAAGCUAUUGACAACCGAUAUUGUGCAUGAGAAAUCAUCAUCUCUGAGUGAUGUACAGACUACAAAUAUAUCUACGUCUAUAGAAACAGGUGAUAAUUUAGAUGCAAAGUCAGACCAUCCCACCCAGACAUUGCCUGAAGCCCACUCUACACCCCAACAACACUCGAACGGAUUACCGGUAGCAGAUGCUGUACCGCAGCCUAGCAAGGCACACCCGAGGGGUAUUUUAAAAAACACGAAAUCGGAGCCCGUGAUUGUUAUAAGUGAGCCGAUUGAGGCAAUCAAGCAUUCUGAUUCGACGGGUUUAAUAGAGAUCUCACGACCGACGUGGCCUAAACACGGCAGGAGAAAGUUCUUCAAUGUCAGCACAAGUGCCAAUUACUUCAGAACUACCCAAGAGUUUGUAAACCCAGCAUUUGAACUGGAUGAAAACAUUCCGUCCGAUUCCAAACUCUCAGACCUUGUAGAACUUGUGAUGAAGCAACAGUCUGAUCAAAACAGAUACGUGCAUCCAUUCGGACAGAGCAACGUGUUCUUUAACGACACGCCGACGUCCAUACAGAACACGGAAACAGUCGUCUUCUGGCUUAUCUUCGUAAUCAUGCUGGUCGGCUUAGCUGGUGCUAUAAUCAUCAUGGCAGAAAUGUUCCGACUGGAUAUGCUCGCGACCAAAGCCUUGAACAGCACAACAGUUUCCAGUUGAGGCAGUAUGGACUGUUUACAUUAGUUUGACAACGAAUCACUCACGUCCAUAUGGCUCGAAGUCCCUUUCCGGAUUUUAUCGAUGUUUUUUGAAAGCCAUAAGAGGCAACCGGAAUAUGCUGUGUUUACCUACGUGUGGUACGGGUCCUUACGACACCACUUCUUGUACAACGCAAGAUAAACGACGUGUACAGACACCAAUCACAAAAUGGAAGGAAUUGAUUUAUAAUCAUCUUUUUCUCCUCCCUAUAUGCACGCCGGAGGGAUUAAUUACAUUUUUUCUUUCCGUAUAUGCACGCCGGAGUAGAUAGCGGAAGUUUUCUAAACACUCAUUUGUAAUAUAUUUUCAUACCAUGAUAUUGGAAGCUUUCGAUGUCAACUUUCAUCAUAAUGUGCCAUUUUAUCUUCAUAUUCACCAGUGUGGAUACAAAAUAAAACUGCAUGCAUGUAUUGGUUCCCCCAGUCAUUUACAUUGUAUAACAUAUGUCGUGAAUUAACAUGAUGAAAUACAUUAGUUCACAAUAUGAAUUCUUCAAGUCAAGUUUUCUGUUAAAUGUACCGGAAAAGUUGCUCUUGGAAUCUCAGUAAGUGUAAAAUUGCAUGUCGUGGGGAAUGAGAUUUAAUUGCAUUUACAAUUGGUAAGCGGAUUACAAAUCUAUUAAAGACCAUUUUUAUAUUGGAAAUAUGUGGUUGUCAUUUGCAUUUAAAGAUAUAAUGCCUGCCUAUUCUGCUUUCUGAUUUGGUCUUAAACAGCAUGGGAUGAGUGUACGACGUAGUAUGCUCAAAUUGAAUGCGACAGGUAUGGCUGAUAUGUCUGGUAUGUCAGGUAUGUCUGG